AUGGAUAAAUUGAAAAAUCUGCUUUUCGUGAAAAACGGGAACUUUUCGAACGCGCAGAUCAAGGUGCUGGCCUUCACAUCGCUCAGCAUGCUGGUGCUAAUGGUGACUGGCGACGGCCUCCAGACCCCCCUGGGCUACAUCCAAAACGUCAAGCGGGACCUGCGAAAAGAGGCGCAAGAGUCGGAGGAAUCGAUGGAAAAGAAGCUGCUCAAGGAAUUGGGGUACACCACAAGGCUGGAAUCAUUCCGUCGGAAGAUGAAAAGAAGUGAACACUCAAGUUGGGGCGUGAAACCUGCCUGCGUGGCUCCCCGUGUAACUCCUCCUAACAUACAAAUGUAUGCAAAAAGGUGUAGCGUCUUUUUGGACGCGGUACAGACGCUCCUGCACAAGGCCGCAUCGCGCAGCAAUUUCAGCUCCAUUGUUGUGAAAAGGCUACGGGGAAAGCCACUGAACAUUGACACUGUGAGGAGGAGCAACAGAAGGGACGACAAAUGCGUAGACGAGACGAAAAGUAGUAAAUAUCUUCACCACAAAAAAGAGCAACUUCCUAGGGACGAUCAAGUGGAGGAAAGAAACAAAAAGCAAACAAUAACCAAGCUGUGCAAAUUGCUAAGUGAAAAUUUGAAGAAUGGAAAAUAUGAUAUGUACGAGAAGAACCUAAGUUAUGGAUUAUCCGUGGCGGAAAACCCAAUCGAAUUGUCACAACUGAUUAACUCCAUCAGUAAAGGGAGGUACUACAGUAAGGGGGUGAUUCAGAUUUACACAAAACUGGUGGACAAGGCCGCGGAGAUUUUUGAAAAUAUCUCCGUGAUGAGCAUAAGCUUAAUUUUAAAUAGUAUGGUAAAAUUGGACAUAUACAAUGAGAAGUUUUUGUUUUUAUUUUUCAAAAAUGUGGACCAGAUUUUGGACGAAAGUAAUGCAGUCGACUUGACUAUCCUGUUUCAUUUUUACGUCAACGGGAUGGGACGCGUUGGUGCAAGUGCUAAUCCUUACUGGGUUGUACCACCUGUGGGAAGUGGCUUCCCUGGAGCGCAAGACGAAGUGUUGCUAAACUCAUUUUUGAGAAGGCUACACAACGUGGUGCCGUCCUUGCAGAUGCAUAGCAUCUCCUCCGUACUGCGGUGUGUUAAGAAGUUGGUCAUGAUUAUGGUAGGAGAGGUGAAGGACGGUGAACUGGAUGUGGGAGCACCCAAUGGGGUUAAACAGUUAGACGAUAUGGAGGCUAUUCACCAGGGGAAAAAUCAUCCGUGUGGGUUUUCCCCCAAUGGAAAAGCCAACCAGAAUGGUCGUCAAAAUAGUGAAUCAAAUUUGGAACUAAUCACACAAAUUAACUUACUUCUGAGAAAUAACUUUUACGAAAAAAUGGCACAAGCGAAUACACAGCAGCUAUGCAACGUCCUUCAGGAUUUGCAAUUUUUUAACCUCAUCGAUAAUGACUGUUACUAUGACGUAUUGAACAGAUUAAAGGGGUCCUUACAAGGAGCUAAAGAAAUGAAAGACAUGGACUAUGUGAAUGUCCUGAACACUAUAAAGAGUAGGAACAUAAAGCAGAACAAUUUGUUGCCCUUGUGUUAUUUUUCAUUCUUGUUUGACAAAUUGAAGGUGGAGGAUUUUUCUCAUUUCCACUAUGACCGUGUUGCCGAGCUAGCCAAAAUAUUAUUUUACUUUAAAAAGGUUUAUCAUUUGAACUUUUGCAUGAACAAGAUGGAAUCAUUUUUGGAUAAGAAGGACACCAACAUGAUAGAGUCCACGUCCACUAUGAUUUAUUUGUUGGAUGAGUUUUGUACAAUUGGUAAAUGCACUGAGGGGGGUGCGUCCUUGAGGGGAAAGUUGUUUUCCUGCGUUGUGAAGCGCGUUUUGGGGGGUGAGGAGGGCACACUGGGCAGUGCCACCAUUCAUAGUGGUGUAAAAAGCAGUGCUAAGAACCCGCACGGAGGUCACACCCUAACGUUGGAGGAGUCGCUCCUGCUGACAAAAGCAGCGGAAGGGCUUAUUAGCAUCAAAAAAGAGGAAUACUCCAGCAUCGUUCACCAUGUGAGAAGGAGAGACUUCUUCCUAAUCAACUGUGAUGAGAAAGUUUGUGUCAAAUUUGAACACCUGGAUAGGUACGUCCAAAAUGUCUUGUACAAAAUUUUGCUCCUAGGAAAGAUUAAAUAUAGAGAUUCCCCCCUUUUUUUGCACCUGCUAAAGUGCUGUUUGUUGUGCUCACUGCACUUUUCCAUUAGGGACAUUUUACUCCUACUGAGGGGGUUGCACCACUGUGCGUACUUUUUUACAAAGGAAAAUUAUGUCCUUUUGGAGAAUGUGUUGAAUUAUUUAAGCACCCUGACAGUGAUGCAGUGUCGGUUGGUGGCAAGGAGGAAGGAGGGCAAGCAGUACCAGGAUUACAUGGAUAAACUUCUGAACCGAUCAGACAGUUUGUUCAGUAGUGAAAAGGUUAUGGGGGGGGUGGUUAACCAACUGGGUGGGAGCGAGUUUAGUGAAACGUAUAGGAAGAUCGAACGUGUGAUGGAGACGAACUGGGCAUACCUGAAUGACCUCACUUCGAUGGAAAGUUUUAGUGGGGGAAGCGACGACCGGGAUAACGCCCCACAUGGGAAUGUUCCCCUAGACGAAGGGGGUAUUAUCUCCAACAGCAGGCGAACAAAAAUAAGCGCAGUAAAUUGUUGCACCUUGUUGUAUUAUUUCCAAAGGUUAAGUUACGUGAACAAGGGGGUCGUUCGAGUCGUACUGUCGAACCUGUACGAUCAUGUGCAUGCGUUGAAGAAUGAGCAAAUACUUAAAUUGGUGAAGGGACUUAGCAUUAUCCGCAAUGUCGACACGGAGUUUAGUUCAUUCAAUUCAGUUUUUAAAAAAAUUCUACUUCGCUUUAUGUCGUCUCGGAAGGAGAGUACGAAGAGUACAGAGCAGCAGACAGACGAAACGAUCAAGUUGCUGUACCUAGUGAGCAAGCUAUCCAUAAAUGUGGACCACAGGAAUACCCUCAUAAGGAAAUAUCUGUUGGUUUUUUUGGAGCGUCAGUUGGGGGUGGACACCGUGGGAAUUCCUCAGUUGGAGCUGUUGAUGAGGAGUUUUAAAAAUAUGUACCCCUACCGGUAUGUGUGUUUGGUGGAAUGCUGCUUGAGGGGGGUUAGCCAGGCACUCCGGGGGGAGACAUCAAUCGAAGAACAACGCAACGGAUUGAGUGACGGAUCGCUCGAAGGAGCGCCGCGUUCGUUGCUGCCACUGCCCUUCCUGAAGACCUACUUCUCCGUCAUGCCGCUGUUAAUAAACCCAGCCACGAACAUUCACUGCAGCGUGAACGACCUGUACAUCUGCACAAGUCUGGAACUCUUCGACCAGCUGUACGAGCAGAUAAAAUGUGAUGGAAGACUCAAAGAGGAGUUCGUCCCCGUGCUGGUAACUUUUGUUAAUUUAUCCUUCCGCGACAUUCCAUUUUUGGAAAGGUAUCCCAACUUGAUGAGCGACAUUCUGGGGAUGAAGCAGUUGAUUCCGCAGAACAAUUUUUUCUUUUUUUUGUUGAAUGUUAAAUUUUUUGCUAAACAAAAGGGUCGCGCCGAGGUGGACGCGCUGCUGCACAAGGUUGGCAGGUUUGUUGAGGCUAACAUGGGGGAGUCGCUACGAUGGGAAGAUGCAACGUCACCAUUAAUGCGCUCACCCGCUUUGCCGCAUGACUUCACCUUUGACAGGAAGAAGCUCGUCCUCCUGGACACGGAAGAUGACAACGAGAUGGAGAUAAUAUCUCGGGAGUACAACCAUAUAGACACAGCCGAGGUGCACACACGGGGGGAGAGAACGACGGAGAGAAGAGGUCCACAUGGUUCAGAAUGGAGCAACCAUGAUGACCUCGUCAAGGAACGCACCAAGCGCAGCAACGCAGACCACCUUGAGUUCGAAAUUAUUUUGAGGAAAUACGCCUACUGCCAAAAUAGCCAAAAGGACAAAAUCGAAAUUUCGAAAAACGUUAAAAUAUUUUCCAUGGAAGUUAAGUAUGUGGAUUUAAGGAAGAGAAUUAUUUUUGAAUUUUUGGAGGAGGACAAUUAUUUUAAGGAAGUUGAUGGUGCCUCUAUUGAGCUUCUACCAUUGGUUUAUUUGCGUUUAUUUUUUUUGAGAAAAUUAAAUUACAAUUUAGUGAUUAUGCCCUUUUAUGAGUGGCAUAUGUGUUAUGGCCGCCUUGAGAGGGUUAAGGCCAUUUUUCAGAAGCUGCUAAACGUGGCCCGCGAUGCUGAUACGUACUUGCUCGAGACGGGGAAGUCUCGCGCUUUUGCGUCUGUUGGGCGUUACGAAUGA